AGAUUGCUGGAAACUCUUUGUUCAGCUAUGAAAUUAUACUAAUAGUCAAUAUUGCAGGCACAUCUAUCGUUCAAGGUCUAUGACUGUGAUUGUUGCUCUAAAAAUGGAAAGUUGUUUAGUUUGAUUUCUAGGUGUAGUUCAUUUAACAUUUCUAUCACAAUUCUAAUCUUAAAUUAACAGUUAACUGUGAAUAAGACCAAAUGUUGGCUUUUGUAAUGCGCAUUGGUAACGUUUUUGCUGAGAGAGGUGAAGUUGCUGGAAGCUGUUAUGGUAACUUUCCGCUCCGAAGUUUAGUAAAGAUUCUGGUUGACAAGAGGCAAUCCGCUCUACAUAUCGAUGGUAAUACUACUGGAGGGUUGAGCUUCUGAAAUUAAAUUUCGGAAAUCAAAGAGAACAGUUUCGUUGAGGUCACCGUAGCAUUUGUCGAAAAGUCUCUAAUAAAGAACACCGCGGUCUUGCGACCCUCUAAAAAGCUCAUGAUUACGCCAGAUUAUAAGUUUCAACCGCGGGCGUGGAAUUGACCCUUUUGCUUAGUUUGUGUGUCAAGCCGCUGAUAACUACAAUAACAGCUAUUCGAUUGUAAGGAAAAAGUCCUCGUGGUUUUCCCUUUUUAUUUGACCCAGCUUGGUUUAACCUUUUAUUUGGCUGAAAUACAUGAAGGUACAAAUUUCAGGUUUGGAACCAGUAAUAAUACGGUUUUUAAAAUCACGCUAUCUUGCUUUUUCACAUAAUCAACCUCAAAUCGCAUCUGAUGACUUACAGUAAUGGACCUUUUAACCAAUGCCACACUUUUCUGAUUUUUCAUCAAAACAAAAACUAAGCCUCACUGCUCUAUUUACAUAUUGUAUCAUGUUUUGAGGCUUGCUGUUAUUUUAAGAAAUUUCUUGGGCAGUGACAAAAUUUUAAAUGUUCGAAUUAACAGCAGAUUGCCCGAACCCUUUUCAGACUCUUAGUGACACCGAUUAAAUUGAUUCGAUCAACUCUUGAAAUGUCUUUAUUAUCUCCUGUUAAAGGGAUCAUCCUUUCGCAGUGCAGCCUCUACAUCUCAGGAGGGCAUGGAAGAAGGAUCAAGAGUGUCCAUCAACCAACUAUUGAGAGUUACUCUGUUAAGUAGUGAGUGGAGAUCAUCAAAGGGAGGCUUGUCGACGAUCAGCAGAAAACUUGCAAUAGAAUUGGCUAAACACCAUAAUGUGGAAGUUUGUGUCUAUCUUCCCGAGUGUAGCGAAGAAGAUAAGAAAGUUGCUGGAAGUCACAGUGUUCAGCUCAUUGAAGCGGAAAAACGUCCUGGAUAUGAGAAAAUCGACUGGUUGGCCUCUUUGCCGAAAAAUCAUCUUCCUCACUGUGUAAUUGGACAUGGUCUUCACCUUGGUAAACAAAUACCACUCAUAAAGGAACAUCAUGAUUGCAAGUGGAUUCAAGUUGUCCACACAGAUCCUGAAGAGCUUGGGAAGUACAAGAGUUAUGAAGAAGCAAUUUCCAAAGGAGAGCAAAAGCACCAAGCAGAAGUAAAACUCUGUGAGCUAGCUGAUCAAGUUGUUGCUGUUGGACCCAAGCUGGCAGAUGCUUACUCCCGUCACCUCCGUUUCAGUGGGAAAGAUCAAGAUGUUAUAAAUCUAACCCCAAGCAUUUUCACGGAGUUUUGCAAUGUUCAACAAGCCACUGAAGAAAGAAAUACGUUUUGUGUUUUGGUAUUUGGACGUGGUGAUAAUGAAGAUUUCAAGUUGAAGGGAUAUGACAUUGCUGUACAAGCAGUUGCUGAACUGGACGACACAUCGUACCAACUCAUGUUCGUUGGAGCACCAGCAGGAAAAGAGGAUGAAGUGGCAACAAAAUUACUCGAGUAUGGUAUCCGUCAAAGGCAGCUAACUGUUCGCCGCUUUAAGGAAAGUAGGGAAGAGCUGGCCAAGUUGUUCUGUUCGGUAGAUCUCACAAUCAUGCCAUCAAGGACUGAGGGCUUUGGCUUGACUGCUCUAGAAGCUCUAUCUGCUGGUCUUCCUGUACUUGUGAGUGGUAACUCGGGACUUGGAGAUGCUCUGGAGACGGUUCCUUCAGGUUCCUAUCAUGUAGUAGAUUCAGAAGAUACAAAAGAAUGGGCUAAGGCUAUCAAAAAUGUCCGUCAAAAGGGCAGAGAGGUUCGACUUGAAGAUGCCAACCUUCUUCGUGAAAAGUUUGCUGCGAAGUACAGCUGGGAGAAACAGUGUGGUUCUCUUGUGAAAAAGAUGUGGCACCUAACUUUUGGUUCUGUAGAAGGCGGAGAAGGUCCUGCAAAAAAGGGUAAACAAUGGUUACCUGGUGCUGCUACUCAAUCUAGUCAUCACCGCAAAGAUGAGUUGCCAGGAUCUGCCAGACCUUUUAACGAACUAGGAUCCCUUCAGCCGGUUAACCAAUUGGAAGCUGGAAUAGCCAAUGAAAGAGCCGGGGGGCUUCUUCCUUUUUAUAAUGGUUCUACAAAAAGAGGACGCGAUUCCCAAGGUUCGCCAGACCAAAGUCCAGCUGGCCCUCCAAAGAAACCCCGCAUCGAUUCAGUCAAAGAUGGCCAAGUGUCUGACGAGGACAUGGAGAAUCUGGCCGAACAACUUGGGGAUGAGUGGGUGAAGCUAGGGCGCCGGCUGAAAGUCAGCCAUGUAAUUCUAAGGGGCUUGAGCAGGAAUACACAACUGUACCCUGACCUUUCGUUGAAGGCAUGCGAGAUGUUGAGCAAAUGGAGAAACCGUGAAGGAGACUCCGCCACAUACCAGGUUUUAUAUGAGGCGUUGUGCCAUGAACACGUAGGACGCAAAGAUUUGGCGCAAACGAUCUGCUGCCAUAAAUAGAACUGAGAACGCAAAAACAAAAAACCCUUCACGCUAAUACCACUCUCUGCUAGCUUUAAUCGAAGCACUCGUUAGGUUUCCGAGUUUUAUUAUCCAAUUACAA